ACAGAGAACACGAAGACGGAUUCUUGCAAUAAUGGCCGAGGGAAAUAGACUCUUCAUUCUUCAAGAUUAAUAUAAAUAGGCAUUGCCAUUGCCAUUGGUUUCCUGCAAAAUUAAUAAGAAUCCACCAAUUAAAUUAAAGAGUAUGGCAACGGCCUGGAGAAGAAGCACACUCUGUUUCCGUGAGCCAUGGCCGGCACUGCACCACCCCCACUACUACUGCUGCUACUAUCAGCUUCCUCUUGUCGUGCUUUGUUGGCUCAUCAUCCUCGCCUCCUUUCUUGUGGAGAUAACUGGAGUAGAAGCGACCGUGAGCGGCGAGGGAUGCUUGCCGAGGGAGAGAGAUGCUCUCUUGCUUUACAAAGCCGCCAUCGAAGAUCCUGCCGACCGAUUGUCGUCUUGGCAUGCCCAAGUGGACUGCUGCACAUGGACUGGCGUAGUCUGCUAUAACAAAACGGGCAGCGUCCGAGUGGCGGAACUCAACCUUGGAAAUCCAAAUAUCUACGAAGAAGACACGGUUUUGAGGGGUGAGCUGCUGCAUCCUUCAUUAUUGUCUUUGACUCAUUUGCAAAGCUUAAAUCUCAGUUUCAAUGACUUUGAGGCCACCCAAAUUCCACCUCUCGUCGGUUCUCUUCACAAACUGAGUUAUCUUGAUCUUUCUUGGUCCAACAUUGGUGGAACCAUCCCCCCUCAUCUUGGAAACGUAACUAAUCUUCGUUAUCUUGAUCUUUCUUGGUCCGACUUCGAUGGAACCAUUCCCCCUCAUCUUGGAAACUUAACUAAUCUUCGUAAUCUUGAUCUCAGAGGAAAUUUUAAUCUUUAUUUUCCUAAAGAUGGUCACAGCCUAGACUGGCUCUCCGGCCUUUCUUCUUUGAUUUAUCUGGACAUGUCCAAUUUGAAUCUCAGCGAUGCUUUCCAUAAUUUGGUAUCAACAAUCAACAUGUUACCUUCUCUCCAACAAUUAAAUCUACAUGACUGUAUUAUUAGUAAUAUCCCCCUCUCUCUCAAUUUCCCUCUCAACCUCACUUCUCUCACAACUCUCGAUCUUAGUUGGAAUAACUUCAACUCUUCUUUUCCUAAUUGGUUGUCGAAUCUCACAAGCCUUUCGUCUCUUAAACUUGAAGCUUGUGAAAUUAGAGGAACGUUGCCUACUGAAAUUCGCAACUUAAUUAGCCUCACACAUCUUGAUCUUCCUUGGAAUUUGCUCUCUAGUCCCUUACCUGAUACAUUAUGGAAAUUGAAGCAUCUAACAUACCUCGACCUGAGCUCUAAUUUACUUGGAAAUUCUUUACCACUGGGGAUUAUGAAUCUAUCAAGCUUAUCAACACUGCACCUUAAUAAUUGUUCACUAAGUGGUCCAAUACCCAGUGAAUUAGGGAAUUUAACUACUUUAAAUGGAUUAUCUCUUGAAUCUAAUUUACUUUCUGGAUUAAUACCACAUGAUAUUGGGAAACUAGUCGACUUAGAGUACCUUGAACUCUCUAUUAAUUCCUUUGAGGGUGAUAUUACUGAGUUUCACCUUUCCAACCUAACCAAACUAAAGGCUUUGAUCUUGUCUGAAAACCCCUUCCUUACCAUAGCAAUAGACCACAAGUGGACCCCUCCUUUUCAAUUAAAGUUAAUUAGCCUUGGUUCUUGUAAGUUAGGACCUAGAUUUCCUACAUGGCUUCGUUCACAACAAUCCAUCAGGUUUAUGCACUUGUACAAUACAAGUAUAGAGGGCAACUUACCUGAAUGGUUUUGGAACUCUUUUUCUACCAUUUAUUUUUUAGAUCUCUCCCAUAAUAAAAUUAGUGGUACUUUGCCAGUAUCCCUAGAGAGUUUGACUGAUAUAUAUUAUUUAAAUUUUGGUUCGAAUUUACUAGAAGGUCCAAUUCCUCAUUUGCCACCCAAACUAAGUUUGCUAGAUCUAUCUGAUAAUGCAUUUUCAGGGUCGUUGCCUCCAACAUUAUUCACACCACAAUUAGAAUAUUUAAUUCUCUCAUAUAAUCAAAUUAAUGGAAGCAUACCAUCUAGUAUAUGUAAUUUUCUUACAUUUCAACACCUCAAUUUAUCAAACAAUCAAAUAUCCGGAGAAAUUCCCCAGUGUUGGCAGGAGGGUUCAUCUCUUUAUUAUAUUAGUUUAGGAAACAAUAUGCUCUUUGGAGAAAUUCCAAGCUCUCUUGGAAACUUGAUGAGACUUGAGUUUUUGCACUUGAAUAACAAUAAUCUAAAAGGGCAUCUUCCAUCGUCAUUGCAAAAUUGCAAUCAGCUAUUGGUUGUUGAUCUUGGCGACAACAAAUUCUCUGGAAAUAUACCUUUGUGGAUUGGGCAAAGUUGGCAAUGGUUACGCAUUCUUCAAUUGGGCUCAAAUAUGUUUAAUGGCAAUAUUGAUCCACAACUUGGGUAUUUGGGAGAUCUGCAAAUUAUCGACUUUGCAAAUAACAAAUUAUCAGGAUUAAUACCACAUUCCUUUGGAAAUUUCAGCACACUGAUUUCGACAUUAGUAGAACCACUUCCAUCCUUUGGAUUUGACGAAAUGGCAAUAUUAGAGACAACGCCAGUUUCUAGCGGAAGUGAAAGUAUUACUCUAGACACAAAAGGAAGCCAACUUACCUAUUCAUCUAUCCUUUAUCUUGUGAAGAGUAUAGACCUUUCAAACAAUGAAUUGACAAAUGAGAUUCCUGAAGAAUUAGGAUAUCUUGCUGGACUCCAGACUUUGAAUUUAUCAAGGAAUUACUUCAAAGGAAAGAUCCCAGAUAGCAUCAGUGGAAUGAGUUCAUUGGAAACUUUGGAUUUGUCUUUUAAUAAUUUAUCAGGGGGUAUUCCUCAAGGCGUGUCACAAUUAAAUGCUUUGAACCAUUUGAAUUUAUCUUAUAGCAACUUGUCUGGAAAUAUUCCUUAUAGAAAUCAGCUUCAAACACUAGAUGAUGCAUCCAUUUAUAUUGGCAAUCCUUAUCUUUGUGGAGACUUAUUAAACAAGAGUUGCUUUCCUAGGAACAAUCCUAUCAUUGUGUCAAGCAAAGAACAUGCAAUGUUUUCCCCAGUGCUAAUAAUCUAUCUUAGUAGUGCACUUGGAUAUUUUGUUGGCUUGUGGAGUGUGUUUGUUCUUUUAUUAUUUAAGAAAAAAUGGAGGUACUCUUAUUUUAAGAAGGUUGAUGAAAUUUAUGAUAAAGUUUAUGUGGCAAUCAAGGUAAGAUUUAAUAGAAUAGUGAAUAGUUAGUUUUUUUUUAGAAAAAAUAAAGUUUAUGAGGAAUGUAAUAUUAAAAUUGUGAGCUUUUCGUUGUAAGCAUGAUAUUUUUAAAAAAAUGUAUGUUUGUGAUAUAUUGUAAAUGAAGUAUAUUAUGGUUAUGAUGUUA